ACAGAGAGGGAGCGAGAGACACAGAGAGACACAGACACAGAGAGAGACACAGAGAGAGAGAGACACACACAGAGAGAGACAGAGAGACACAGAGAGAGACACAGAGAGAGAGAGAGGGGGGCUCAAUCGAGAAGCACAAAACAACUCCCAGCACCAACUCCCCUCCGCGUGCAGCAAGUAGGGUUGCAUCACGCCCCUUGGUGUGGCCGCCCGCGACCGGAGGUUUAGGGGUGCGAACACGAGCAGAUCGGCGACAUGUUCCUGCUACUCCUCUCCAUCUUCAUCCUGCACGUCUCCACCAUCGUGCUGCUCUUCGUGGCCACCAUUGACAGCUCGUGGGUGACUUCGGGCAACGUGGUCACGGACCUGUGGCAGCAGUGCAACCUCCUGGACAGCGGCUCGUGGAUCUGCAUCGCGCCGUUCGAGUCCCAAGGCGAGUGGCUCCAGGCAGUGCAGGGUCUCAUGGUCCUGUCGGUGGUCUUCUCCUGCGUGUCGCUCUUCCUCUUCAUCUACCAGCUGUACCAACUCAAGAAGGGAGGCCGCUUCGUCAUCACGGGCAUCUUCCACAUCCUGGCCAGCUUGUGCGUUCUCCUCGGGGCGGCCGUCUACACAAGCCAGAGGCCCUCUGGGCCGCCCUACGCGGGGGGCUCCUUCGGCCACAGCUACGUCAUCACGUGGGUCGCCUUCUCCCUCGGCCUCGUCAACAGCGUCGUCUACCUCUUCCUGCGAAAGCGCUCGUGAAUCCCGUCCGGCGCUUGCGGGACGAGGUUGUGGAGUCGGUGGGCGAUCGCCGCGUCGAUCCGAUCGUCGCAGUCGGGGAGGGAGGGAAAAGGGGGACGAAAAAAAACCACCCGGGAAAAUUCUCACCGACGCGCCGUGCAACCUCCCCCGCGGGUUAGUGCCAGCUCAAACGCGGGGGGCCCGCCGCCAAAGUUUGGACGGGGUAGCCGGUGUGUGCGCAAAACGUGAAAACGGGCGGCUGUUUUUUCUUUUUCCUCCUUCAAAUGUUCGUCUUGCUGCUUCUGCUGUUGCUGCAUCAGUAAUCUGGCCAGGACCAGUUCCAGUACCAGUUCCAGUCCAGAACCGGUCACGCAGGAGUCGUCCUGUCCUCGAUCCAAUCAAGUAAGCAUCUUCGUUCGUGGGUUAGGAUCACGCGGCCGUAGAUUUGCGCCAAAAUUCUCGAUUCCCAAAUCGAUUUUUUUAAACAUUCGUUUUUGGGUUCAGACCGCCGCGCCUAGUCCACUGUGUGUGUCGUCCACCCUCCUCCACCCGACGCGGCCGAUUUAUGUAAAGUUGUCGAUGCGACGAUCGGACGUGGGCCAAUGCUGUUUAUUGCUUCAGCAGCAGCUGGCAGCUUGCAGCAGCAAUAGCCAUCGGCAGCGGCAACUAUCAGCUAGCGAUCUGCGUGAACGAUGCAAUACGUGUCUAUCAGCGAGACUAAAACCGGCGCGGAAAGCCACUCGGCCGUUGUUCUAAACACAUUCGGCGCCGCGGUGGCUAGGAGAUGUUAACUACCUCGCCUGGUACGCAGGAGUCCGUGGGUUCGAUCCCGACCCUGACGUCUGCUGCUGCUGCUGCUGUGUAUUUGGAGUUUGCGUGUUCGCCCCGUGGCCACGUGCGUUUUUCACCGGGUCCUCCGGUUUUCUCCCCCUCCACUGUUAGAAUCGACACCGCGCGUCCAGAGCGUUCGGCCGCCGUGCAUUUGCGCGCGACGACAAGCCGCUCCGUCGAGCCAUCAUUUGUGGCCCGGGUCGCUUCUGAAAAAGAGCUAAAGAGCUACGUUGGGGGCCUUACCUGGUACAUUUAAAAAAAAAGAAAAGUUUAGUUAAUAUUCAUUUAACUACCUGUAACUCCAGAAUGGAGCCCCUUCACACGGCAAACACCGAUGCCUGGAGGGUGAGGGUCAUCGAUCGUGCGCAGUCGUUGUUGGAAUGGCGAAUGGUUUUCCGUGGGGGCAAACCCUACCCGAUUGCCGCACCUUCCCGUCACUUUUCUCUCUCCCUCCAACCGGCAAAAAAUUGUUUUU